AUGCCUCCCGCACCCCUCGAACUCGCUCUAUCAACCCUCCUCCCAACCAUUGCAUUCCUCCCGCCCGAAUUAAUCCACCUCGCAACCUCAUUGCUCGCACAAUCCCGCAGCAAAGCCGGCCAUCUCAAACCGGAAGAAGAAAUUGGACGCAGUUAUGCUUGUGCGCAUAUUGCUUGCGAACGACUGGCGAGACAACUCGAUUUGGAAAUUGGAGUGGCGAGACCGCCUGUGAAACCUAGUGUUUAUACGAAGUUGAAGGGGUAUUUGGAUGGGGUGUUGGUUGUUGAGGAGAGAGGUCGACGAGGAGGAAGAGCAGAUGCGAAUGGAGUGGGGAUGGGGAGCAGUCAAGCUGCAACACCUGUAAAGCAAGUCAAGACGCCUACGGGAUCGGUCAAGAGGGGUCUUGCUGCUCUUCCUACUACUGCUGAUCUUGGGGAGACGCCGAUUACUGCCACGAAAGGACGGGAGAAGGGUGACGAUGUCCCGGAAUUUAUUAUGCCGAUGAUUCGGGCUAUUUGCAAGAGUUGUGCUAUGCCGGCUGCUGUACCGCAUAUCAAUGUCGGAGCGAAAGAGGUGGUGGAAGAGAUCAUUUCGAGAAAUUUCAAGCGUAUGCAGGAUAGUGCUGGAGGGGAACCUGCUAGUAAACGAAGACGGAGGACACCGCAAUCUGCUAAACGGGUGGAGGMUUCUCCUGUUCCGCCGCCUGUUGUUACACCUGCAGACGCGAUUACACUGGGCAAGUGGCCUGCUUUGUUGGUUGCGUUGUUUGUGGUUACUGCCAAGCGGAUGGAGGGUGAGGAUGCUGAUGAAAGAGAGCUGAGGAAAAAGGCCACGGCCGCGGUGAGGAGUUUUUGUGAAGAUGGGAGGAGAGUUCUGCCUGAGGAGGUCAAGGCGUUGGAGGGAUUGGAGGGGAGCAUUACAUUCUACAUGCUCGAGGCGGAGGAUUGUGGAUGGUUGGAGAUGGAAUGGUUUGCGAAUGUGCCGGAGGGCGUGUUUGAAGAUGAAGCGCAGGGAGAUGGCAGUGAGCAUGGCGGGCGGGACAGUGAAGAUGAAGGGCCGAUGACGCCGAGAAGGAGACCUGCGAAGACUCCGUUGAGGAGAAAGGAGAAGAGAGGUGGAAAGACGGCGGAUGGAGUGUUGGGGGAGGAGGUGGGUGCUGCUGGAUUAUUUCCAGGGUUGGGGACAAUGUUUCAGCCUGCAAUUGAUUGGUUGAGUGAGGAGAGACGAGCGGAUUAUGUGCAGUGGAAGAAGGGGAUGUUGAGGGAGAUUGCUCUUGUCGAGCAGAGAGUAUAG